AUGUUGUUGUUGUUCUUAAUCAUAUCUCUCACGCACGCGGUAAUGUAAAUUUCUCCACGUUAUUGUUUUUCCACCCUUUUCUCUCUCUAGGAAUUUCCCUUCAGGUUCAGGGUUCUAUUUCUUUAAAAUAAUCAAACCUGUAAUCAUGUAAACAGCUCCACCAUUAAUAUUUCUCCAACAAUUUUUUAACCAUCUUCAUGCAAAUUCUCCAACUUCUGUUUUUUUCUUUGAUUUGAAUUUCAUUUCAUUCAAAGGAAGAAGAAGAAGAAGAGAGACAAUUAUCAAACUACCAACAUAAACAUGCCUUUGCCAUGGAAAAAGAACAACAAAGUUUCAAGUCUUUCGCGUUUGGUGGCGGGUCUUCAUCACUCGCCUAAACGCGGCGGAUCUCUCGUCGUUGAGACUGGUUUUCCCACCUCUCUUGUUGAUCUCUUCGUUAAGAACAAAGAUCGCUUGAAAAAACCAUCAAAAAGGAAGUCUCCACCGUAUUCUCCGCUUCAUAGCAUCCGUUCUCCGCCGCCACCGCCACCGCCACCGCCACCGUCUCCGGUGCGAAGGUCGGUGUCUGCGGCUGGCUUGGUGGUAAGUUCGCUAUCUGGGUUUGAAGGGACGAAGCGAAAUGUUGAGGAUUUAGUUGUGUUAAAUGAAUGUGAUGGCGGUGCGGAUGGGGAUGGGAUGAUGGAGAAGGGGUUUUUUGCGGUGGUUUUGAAGAUCUUGAUGGUGGUGGCUGUUGCUUUGAGUACUAAAAAGAUGGCGGUUGGAAUCACAAUGUCGGCGUUCUUACUUUUCUUGGUCGAGUAUGCCAGUUCUGGUGCUUUGGUUUUCUUGAAACCGUGUUCAAAGGCGAGAACGGUGCUUGAUUCUUUCGUUGUAAAGAUUAAAGUUUUGUAUUUUCCAAAUUCUGAGUUGAAGAAGGAUGAUGAUGAAUUGUGUUCGCAUGAGAUUCAGAGAUGCAACGAAGACUCAUCAAAAGGCCAAUCGAUUGUUAGAAGCGAUGUCUGUGAUUCUUGUGAGUUUGUUAAUGAAAUUGGAUUGAAGUCUCCGGGGAGAGAAAUUCAUGUUCCUGAUUCGAAUUGUGAUGGGGAGAAAUUGGAUGUUUUGAUACAUAAAAAGGAGAGAAGCAGAAGCGCCAAAAUAAGAAGAAAAUUUGUUAAGAAUUUUGUUCCUAAGAAGCUGCGUGAUGCAAAGAAAGAAUGGAAGAACAAAGAAAAGGAAAAGGAGAGGGAAAAGGAAAAGGAAAAGGAAAAGGAGUCUGAGUCCAACAGCGAGAUCGGUCUUGCUUGCCUGAGAGAUGAAAAAUUGGAAAAAAUUCUUGGUGAAGAACAAGACCAUGUGUUUGGUAAUAGCCAGGCUGAGGCAGACGUGGGUGAAGUUGAGGAGAUUGUUGAAAGAGAAAGAAAGGGAAAUUCAAGGUAUUUUUCAAUUCUUCUCUUGAUUGUUCUUGGUGGACUUGUAGGAGGCCGAGUUGUAGCACUUUUGUGUACACUUGGUUGGUGUUUGAUGUUAAAAUUGGUGGGAAAGUGGAGAUUCAGCUAGAAGAAGUGGUGAUGUGAAAAGAAAGAUCUUGUUUUUCUUUCCAGUGAUGGGUGUAGUUUUGGCUCUUGUUCUGAGUGUUCUUUAAGCCUCAAAAUUGUAAAUUAGAAGGUUCAGGUGUUAUAAGAUGUACAACCUUAAAUUAGAAGGUUCAGGUGUUAUAAGAUGUGCAACCUUUCUGUUGGCAGAUCCAAUUUGAGGUGUUGUAUUCUGAACUGUAAAUUUACGCAUACCAAGGACAAAAUAUAAAACUUCAUUUCAUUCCA